AUGUCAUCAAUUGAUCAAUCAAACAAAAAAAGAAAAAUUUUGACUUGGGGUGAGAAAAAACAACUUUGUGAAUUUCGUGAAAGAAAUCCAUCAUUCACAUAUAAGGAACUUGGUCGGAAAUUUGAAGUUGCAGAAAAUACAGUUUGUAACAUUUUGAAGGAUAAAAAUAAAUGGCUAUCCACUAAUCCUGAUGAUGCUAACAAGCAAAAAUAUAAAGCUCCAAAAUAUCCUGAGCUUGAAAGGAGUGUUGAAGCCUCUGAUAAAUUGAGUGCAGAGAAUUUUAUUAGAAUUGAAGAAGAAAUUCAAGAGUUUGGUGUUGAAAAUACCGAUGAAGAAAUUAUUAGUCAUGUAAAACCAACUGCUGAAUCUGAACCAGAAGAUGAAUUAGUAGCUGUUGAACAAAAAAUUACUACAGAAGAUGCAUUAAAAUCUUUAGACACCAUCCUUUCUUAUAUUCAAAAUCCACCUGAAAACCUUACUUUUGAAUUAAAACACAUUAAAUCAAUAAAAUCAGUUAAAAGUCAUAUAUCCAAAUAUUCUCUUGCUUCUAAAAAACAAAGCAAAUUGGAUCGUUGGUUUACUACUAAAAAUUAA